UUAUAAUUUGUACCAUAGAUUUAAAAAUAUUUUACACAUUCAUAAUGUGAAUUGAUUUUGUGAAUGGAAUCUGAAUGUGCUUUGAUUUUGUCAUCAGUUCAAGGCUCUCUUGACGUUUCCGACGAUGAAUACGAACGCUUAACUAGGAAUUGGCAUUCUUUGUCUCAUAAAAUUAAGGAAUCCAAUUUAGUUUUGGAUUUACUUAAUGUUUUUUCAGGUUUAGGUUCUUUUUUCUUCAUUUGGACAAAAAACUCUGAAAAUUCUUCAUAUUACAUAGAAAAUAAUCCACUAAUUCAGGAUGUCGGAGAUGACAUGAUUGAAAUGUGUCAUGAAAUUCUGAGGAUACAUUUUGACCAAUUGACGUUGUUGGAAUUUGUAGCCUCAAGUUACACCGGAGUGAUAUGUGAGACCAUAACUGCUGAGUUUGUUGAUGUUUUGGAGGAUUUGCAGGAGUGUGUUAGCAGGUUUCACGACAUACACAUUACUACAUUUCUGGGUCUUCAGAAGCUAUUAAACUACCUCAGACCCUCAACGCAAACACUCUCAACUCUAGCCAGUCUUGUUACUGACUUUGACACCAAAAGGCUAACUGAUGAUAACUCCAACAUAGGAGUUUUAAUUCUUGACUCCUUGGAUUUCAGAUGUAGGAGUGAAAUUGGUCCUAAAAAACUACUCUUGCAGCACAUUUUAAACUCAGUUUUAGACUCAUACUCGCUGUUAAUUAACCAUUACAUUAACUUCUUUAACUUUUCUCAAGUGGAUUUUACAGAGUUCGUUUCAGACUUUUUCAUAAAAAUAAAUCAAGACGAUGAAUACAGUCCCUCGGAUGCUUAUGGUGAUGAGGGCACUGAGUGGAAUUUGAGUUCUUUGUGUAGAGAAAUUGGAUUGCCAAGAGUUUCUAUAGAUGAAAGAUAUGUACCAAAGUUUCUUAAGAAUGUAGCGGUUUGCGUUUUGGAAAUCGGUGUUUUACUUAAAUUUUUAGAUAAUCCAAUUCAAUAUCACUUUUUACUGGAUAACCAAAAUACCAAAACUUCCCAAUCCAAUCCUAAUUCCAGUUCCAAUCCAAAGGAUGUUAGAAAGUAUAAAUUUCGUACUGUCGAGGAGUUGAGUCUUUUGAUAAAAAAUGCUCAUAAUGAAGUAAUGCAUGAAGUUUAUCCUGGUUCAAAAGAGAAUUUCCCCUUUUCCAGAACCUUAAGGAUGAUUUUUGACUAUUUCCUACUUCAAAAAUCUUGUUAUAUCCAGGAUGUUAUUAAUAAUUUCAAGAGUAACUGUUAUUCUGAUUUAAAUAAGAGUCUACAAAGUCAUGUUGAUAGAGAUUUUUGUAAUUCAACUGACACUUUUAAGCCUAAAUUAUACUUUAAAUGUGAUAAUUUGGACAAUUUUGCAGGUGCACUUAAAUAUUUCUCGCAUUAUGCUCGUGAUCUAGGCGUUUCACAGCUAGAAAACUGGAAUAGUUUAGAAUCGGGUGAGUUGAGACAUGAUAAAUCACUUGGUGAGGGAAACAACAGCUUUGAUUUCAGAGGAAUUGUCCUGUGUUGUGACGUAGAGUUUCCAAUGAGGCUGGUAUUAACUAACAAAAUAAUGUAUAGAUACAAGUUAAUGUUUAAACUGUUGUUUCAGCUAAAGUAUGCCGAGCAUUCCCUGAACCAGCUUACACAAUAUCAUGUUAGAGCUGGUCAACUCGCAAUUGAACCUGAAUUAAUGCCUAGAUUUAACUUUCAACUUUUUACUCUAAAUAAAAUGCAAUUUUUAAUUAAGAUAUUGUUAAGGUUUUUUCUGGUCGAUGUUGUAUCUGAGCAAUUGUUACUUUUCAAUUCAACCCAAUACAGUGAUUUACUUUCACUAUAUAAUUCCCAUGAAAAGCUUGUUAGUAAACUUACCGACUCUAUGUUCCUAUCAAACGAACAAGUUCUUUCAUCGUUAUUGAGUUUAAUAUUAAUAGUUGUUAAAUUCGCGUCUGAAGUUCAAGCCUUUAAUGAUAAUCCAACAUUUAGUAUUGUAACCAACUCAGUCUAUUCAGAUUCAGAUAGUCCCAAUUCUAGUUCUGAGCUGAUGAAGAAUGUUUCAAAGUUUUUGAGCACUAUUGAGAAUAAUAGUUUAAACUUGAACACUUUGCUGAGGAACCCUGGAUACCAAAACAUGGUCCAAAUCGCCUCCAGUGAGUUUGACAAGCACUUAAAGUUAUUUAAAUCUCACCUGUCAGCUACUAAUUCACCCUUAAAUCUUCUAAUUUAAUUCCAUUUUUA